AUGACGACGACGACGAGGCCACCGCCGCCGCCGCCCGCGUCGUCGUCGUCGUUCGGAGCCAAGCUCCGCGACGAGCUCGGAGCCUGCGUCCCGGGCGUCGUCUUCGCCACCGCGGUCUUCGUCGCCUCCGCGGAGGUGGCGUCGCGCGUCUCGAUCGCAACCGGAACCCCCGUGAGCGCCGUCCCGGUCGCGAUCCUCCUCGGCGCGGCGCUGAACAACGCGCCGGGUGGAGUGAGCCUCGUGCCGUCCGCGACGCGCCCGGGGAUCGCCGUCGCGUCGGGUCGGCUCCUGAAGGUGGGCAUCGUCGCGACGGAGGUGGGCGAGCUCGGCGCGUUCGCGGUGCCCGCCGCGCUGACGUCCGUCGGCGCGGGCCUCUUCUUCAUCCCUCGACUCGCGGCUACCUUUUCGCUCGCGCCCAAGCUCGGGAGUCUUCUCGCGGCGGGGACGUCGAUAUGCGGCGUCACCGCGAUCGGCGCGCUGUCGCCCGCGAUCGCGGCGACGCAGGCGGAGACCGCGGUGGCGGUCGCCAACGUCGUCGCGUUCGGAACCGCGGGGAUGCUGACGCUGCCGUACGUCGCGCGGUACUUCUUCGCGGAUUGCCCAGAGGCGGCGGGGUUGUUCUUAGGGCUCGCGGUGCACGACACCGCGCAGGUCAUGGGCGCGGGGAUGGCGUACGAGCAGCGGUACGGCGACGAGAAGGCGUACAAGGUGGCCGCGGUGACGAAGCUGAUGAGGAAUUUGCUCCUCGCGGCGGCGAUACCGGCGCUGGCGGCGGCGCACGGCAAAGGGGGUUAUGGGGUGAAGACGGCGGCGGCGAUCCCGCCGUUCCUGCUCGCGUUUCUGAGCGUCUCCGCGCUUCGAAGCGCGGGCGACGCGUACUUCGCGUCCGCCGCCGCGGGGUACGACGACGAGGAGAAGGAGAAGGAGGAGGAGGAGGAGGAGGAGGAGGAGGAGAAACUGAAACUGAAACGCCGCGAGACGUUAGAACGGCGGUGGCGGACGACGGUGAAGUACGUCGGAGGGGAGCUCGCGCCGACGUUUGUGGGCACCGCGCUCGCGGGCGUCGGGCUCAGCACGUCCGCGUCCGUGGUCCGAGGCGUCGGCGCGACGCCGUUCCUCGUCGGCGCGGGCGGGGCCGCGGUCGUGGGAGGCGUCGGGUUGGCCUCCGCGUUGACGCUGGCGAGCGUCUUGCCGAAGUAUCGAGCGCGACAGAGCGAGAAAGAAUCCGCGGCGGCGGCGGCGAAAGCGAAAGCGAAAGAAUUCGCCGAGUAG